GUGUUAUUGGGUUCGCUGCGAGGUUUGUGUGAGUUUUACCCUGUUGACAUCAGUAAUGUCAACUGCACUUGAAAGUUACAUCAACCGUACCGUGGCAAUUAUAACUUCGGACGGAAGGAUGAUUGUGGGAACACUUAAAGGAUUUGAUCAAACCAUCAACUUGAUCCUUGACGAGAGUCACGAAAGGGUUUUCAGUUCCACGCAAGGAGUUGAGCAAGUGGUGCUGGGCUUGUACAUCGUCAGGGGAGACAACGUAGCGGUGAUUGGAGAAAUCGACGAGGAGACCGAUUCUGCCCUGGACCUGGGAAACAUUCGCGCUGAACCGCUUAACUCCGUAGUUCACUGAGAGCACCGCACUGUGGAGCUGUACGAGUCUCGGACUUGUUCAGUUUUAGGGAAGCUUGUACACAGUAUUCUGCUUUGAAGGAUUUUCAGGGCAACACUUUGAGCUUCCAUUCAUGAAUCUACUCCAGUGCCAGCCCAAAAGUGUUAUCACUUUUAAAAUGACGAGUUUAAGGAAGGCACAGCAGGAUAAGUUAAUGAAUGCAUCACAGACUUGCUGAGAUGAUCAGUGCGCAUUCAUAAAGGAUAGGCGGUGUCUGCUUUAG